CGGCCUCCCGCCUGCCGCCAGUAAGGCAGUAAACAAAAUAAAGCGGCUAGGGUUCAAAAUCCCCGCCAAUUUUUCUUCAGUCACUCAGACCUCUUCGUCAAUGGCUUCCAAGGAAGAAGAAAACUCUGAAACCAGCCCAAAAGGCAAUGCAUCACAGCCGACGUCUUCCCAGCCUAAGCAGAACGACGCAUCCCCACCUGCGAAGCUGCCCACCGGCGGCAAAGCUUUCAUCAGGUCAGUUGCAGACAAUAUCUCAUCUCAGCCACUCCCAAGUUACGAUCACGACGUUUGGGGUGUCCUUACGGCCAUUUCCAACAAUGCCCGCAAGCGCCAUCAGGGUAUGAACAUUCUUUUGACUGCGGAUGAGCAUUGCUUUGGCCGAAACGUAGAGGAUGCGCGCUUUCAGAUUGAAUCAACUACAAUCAGCGCAUAUCAUUGCAGAAUUUAUAGAAAGAGAGCUGCAAGUGAAAAUAUGGAGCAUCCAUCUAACUGUUAUUUCCCUGUCUUCUUAAAGGAUACUAGCACGAAUGGGACAUAUCUUAAUUGGGAGAAGUUGAAGAAGAAUAGCCCUGAAAUGAAAAUUCAACAUGGGGAUAUUAUAUCAUUUUCUGCUCCUCCUCAGCAUGAAGUUGCAUUUGCAUUUGUAUAUCGAGAAGUUCAAAGAUCCAAUCCCUCAGCAGAGGGUGCAGCUGGAAAAAGAAAAGCAGAUGAAUUUGCUUCUGAGAGCAAGAGACUGAAAGGUAUUGGAAUUGGUGCUCCAGAGGGUCCUAUAUCCCUUGAUGAUUUUCGGAGCCUUCAGCGGUCAAACAGGGAAUUGAGGAAGCAAUUGGAAAGCCAAGUCCUUACCAUUGAUACAUUGCGCAAUGAAAAUCGUGCUACUGUUGAGCGUUGUGAAAAUGAAAUCAAAGAGGUAAGAGAAUCAGUUACAAAGUCAUUCCUUGAUAAACUCAAUGAGCUGCAGAAUCUAUUAGAUGUUAAACAAAAGGAGGUGGUGGAGAUCAGUAGAACAUUGGCUGAACAAAAGCAUGCUACAGAAGACCUUAAUGAAAGGCUUAGUGCAUCAGCACAGUCAUGUGCUGAAGCCAAUGAAAUAAUGAAAAACCAGAAGGCAUCGAUAGCUAAACUCAAGGCUCAGUUAGAUGAAGAGCGAGAUCAGAGAAGAGAAGAGCGAGAAAAAGCUGCAGCUGAUCUAAAAACAGCAUUGCAGAGAGCUCAGCUAGAGGCUCAAGAGGAGCUGAAACGACAUUCAGAUGUGGCUAUAAAACGAGAAAGAGAGCAGCAGGAAGUAAUUAGUAAGCUUGAGGAAUCAAUGAGAAUGAGCUCUUCACAAGUGGAAACUUUAGUGUCCAAACUGGAAGAAACCAGACAAAAAUUGGUCAAUUCUGAGAAUAAAGUUCGCCAAUUAGAAACACAAGUUUGUGAGGAGAAACAGGCCUCUGCAAAUGCAGGAAAAAGAGUCGAAGAACUUGAACAUGAAAUGAAAGGAUUGAGGAAAGAGCUAGAGAGUGAAAAGCAGGCAGCCCGAGAAGAAGCAUGGGCUAAAGUUUCUUCUCUUGAACUUGAAAUAAGUGCUACAAUGCGGGACCUUGAGUAUGAGAGGAGGAGGCUGAAAGGUGCCAGGGAAAGAAUUAUGCUUCGAGAAACACAGCUAAGGGCAUUUUACUCCACAACUGAGGAAAUCUCUAUACUGUUUGCAAAGCAGCAGGAACAACUCAAGGCAAUGCAAAGAACAUUGGAAGAUGAGGAAAAUUAUGAGAAUACAUCUGUUGAUAUUGACCUUAAUGCACCUAGUGGGAAUGUUAAUGGAACUCUAGUAGGAGAAAAGGAAACAACAGUAUGCCAAGGAAAAUGUGCCAAGAAGGCUGGCUCCACUACCGCUCAGGGAUUUUAUAUUUCUAGUGAUGAGGCCAGUGUUACUGAGAAGCAUGAAUGUGGUAUAAGAAGUCAGGAAGAAGGUGAAAAUACCCAAGAGGCAGAAUUUACAAGUGGUGACCAUCUGGUUAGAGGUGGGUUCGGUUCUGACAUAGAUGGUGCUGGCACAACUCUUGUUCUUGAAGGAGAUAUCAUUGGAACUGAACAUGUACUUGAAACUGAAAGCCUAGGAGUGGAGGGUGAACGGAAUAUUGAUUUGAACAAAUGUGGAACUUUAGAUGGGGACACAAUGCAGUUGGAUGAUGAAACGAAUGUGCAUGAAACUGAUGAGCCGGUUCAAAUUUGUCCAGAAACUUCACAUCAUUCCGAGUCAAACAGUCCCAUGGAGAAUCAAAAAUCCGUGGAGGACACAGAAGCAGGAGGCACAAUCAGGACAGCAGACCUUUUAGCUUCUGAAGUUGUUGGGAGUUGGGCUUUCAGCACUGCUCCUUCUGUCAAUAGAGAUGACGGAUCUCCUAAAAGUGGGGAAAAUAAUGAACAUGCUAUGACAGUGCGAGACUCCAGCGGUCAGGUUGCCGAAAGUCAAACUACACCAUCUUCUGAGGCUGUCACUGCCAAACGGAAUCAUGAGCGUCGAGCAUUAAGUGAGAUGAUCGGAAUUGUUGCUCCUGAUCUAAAAGAGCAGUUUGUUGGUGCCACACAGGAUUUUGAUCAACAGAGGGAAAAACAGGGCUCCUCAUCUGACUCAGAUACUGAAGAUUGUGUUGACAGUGAUGAUGAUAAUGUUGUAAAAAGCCUAAAUGGAUCAAUUUCAGAUGCAGAAACAGAGGCUAGUGAAGAAGCUGAUGAUGUUCAACAGAACGAUGCUCCAAUGGAUGAAGAUGAGGAAGCUACUGAAGAAGACUCUGUUGGGUAGCAUUAACAAGCAUGUGUUGAUAUUACCGAUCCUAUUUGCUUUUAUCGCCAAGCUGUUCAUAAUGUAGAUUAGAAGCAUGUUUCUUCUCCAAUUCUUUGGGUUUUUGUUUUUCAGUACCCUUUUUUUUUUCUUUUUUCUUUUUUCUUUUUUUGUUUACAGUUUCCAGAAGCUUAUGUAUUCAACAUAAAAUGUUAAUGUACAUAUGGCUGUUCUAUCCUCAGGAAUCACAUAUGACAAACUUGGCUACAUUUGAUUGCUCUAUGGUGCUCCAAUAUUGAUCAACC